AUGAGUAAGGUCGGAACUAUCAUUGCUAUUAUAGCAGUCUCCGUUUCACUUGUAAUAUUGCUUUUAAGUUUUGCGAGUGUAAAAAUGGACGUCGAUAUACCACAAGACAAUAAUACUCGUACCGGAUAUCCCGUUUGGCAUCCUCCUUUUCCAGGGCAUUAUGGCGAAGAUCAAGAUGCAACAAUCUUAGCCUCAGUAAUAUUAAUGGCAGUCGGUGGAUAUUUUGCAUAUAAGUGGACAUUGUUUGAUACGAAAACUAACGAAGAGUUGGUAACAUAUUUGGUUGAUAGUGCCUUUAACAAAACUACCUCCAUUUACUUUGAUCAAAUAUUAGCCGCAUACUCAUUAGUUACAUGCAUAACAGGAAUUGCAUACCUCGCAUUUGAUGUUGGUAAACUUUGGGUUACGGUUGGAGUGUUUCAUAAUGGUUUGGAAGUUGUUCUCUUAAUUGCUUUACAUCAAGGAGGAAAAAUCGUUUCGAACAAAUUUUUAGCUUGGAUGAUUCUUUACUUUGUAUCCGCCUUAGGUUUUAGUAUCUUUUUAGAUUGGCCUUAUGACACCGUUUGGUUUAAGAUGCAAGGUCUUUGUCAGGAUUUUGGGUUGGCGAUUACAUUUACGCGCAUAUAUUUUGCCACGCGUAAUGGUUAUGGGGACGAAACUCAUCAGCGUCUUUUUGAUGUAGAAAGUCCAAGAGAACACAACGGUGUUAAAGAAUAUACUUUUGGUUCCGUUACACGUUUCGCUCCUAAUUUCGUUCUAUUGUUGGUGUUGGCUUCUUACACUCACAUUUUAGGAAAUGUUUAUGCAACAAUUUUGUAUACUAGAUCUUCUUCUUUUGUAGGUGAAGAUGAUAAAGUAUACUCUGGUCAACCUAUUGUUGAUUUGAAUGGAUCAUUACCACCUAUUUCAGAAUUAAAAGCAAACAUAAUUCAAGGAGACGUCCUUACUGAAGAAAGAAUAAAUAUUACAGAUAAAAUAAUCAAAGUCAAGAAGUUAUUGACACCAUUAGCACCAUCAAAAAUUCCGAUAAUUCGAUGUAUUGGGUUGAAUUAUAAAGAACAUGCAAAAGAAACAUCGCAACCUAUACCAAAAUUUCCAAUAUUAUUUAUAAAACCAUCAACUAGUUUACAGAAUCCUUUUGAUCAAAUUCAAGUACCUACUAUAGCUACUAAUAAUCAAGUUGAUUUUGAAGCCGAAUUAGCUGUAAUAAUUGGUAAAAACUGUAAGAAUGUUGAUAGUGAUGAUGCUUUACAAUAUGUCUUGGGGUAUACUGUAGGUAAUGAUGUUUCCGCUAGAAAAUGGCAAGGAAAAAAUCUUGGAUCUGGUCAAUGGUGUUUUUCAAAAGGAUUUGAUACAUUUUGUCCAAUUGGACCACAAUUAGUUUCUCCAUCAAUUAUAAAAAAUCCAAAUUCAUUAAGAAUAAGUACGAGACUUAAUGAUAACCAAUUAUUACAAAAUUCAAAUACAUCUGAUAUGAUCUUUAAUGUGGCCGAAUUAAUUAGUUUCUUAAGUCAGGGUACGACAUUGCAAGCUGGUUCUUUGAUCUUAACAGGAACUCCUCAAGGCGUUGGGUUUACUAGAAAACCUCCAAUUUACCUUCAACAUAAUGAUAAAAUUGAAGUAGAAAUUGAUCAAAUAGGAACUUUAACUAAUAUAAUUGAAUAUGAAAAUCAAUUAAGUAAUUCUAAAUUAUAA